CCUACCUCAACAACUAAAGAGUUUGGUUUUCUUUUUGUUCUGUAAAGAUGCGCGGAGGAAGUGAAGACUGACUAUUAUGGAAUAUCUGCCCUUGGUCUCUAUAUCCUUGCAAUGCUAUUUCUCACGCUCUUCCUCCAAUCAUAUUACUGUUCCGAAGGAAGCUGCCCCGAUCAUCUGAAGCAUUAAGGCCUUGUUACCCCCUGAAUACGGCAUGGCUACAUGGGAUUCUUUGCGGCGACGAACCGUCGAUAGAAACCGUCUUAACCAACGCAACUUUCGUACUCGACGUCAAGCGUACGUCAAAGAAUUAGAGCAGCGUAUCCGGAAGCUGGAGGAUGAAGGCGUCUGGGCAACGAAAGAAGUGCAAUUUGCAGCCCAGCAGGUGCAGAAGGAAAAUCGCCUCCUACGAAGCCUGCUCGAAACGCAGUUUGGAGUCGACGCAUACCAAAUCAGCAAAUACCUUUUCGAAUUGAAUAACGCCACGGAUAUUAAUGCACAAAAGUCUCUUCAGCUCGGGAAUAGAAUGGGGAGGUCUGGAGUGUCUGAAGAGUUAGCAUCCAACUGUAUGUUGGCAACCAACCCUGGGGAAGCGGGGAGGGCGAGAGCGACCCAAGAUUUCAACUUUACAGGACCAACAAGGGCGCAUGAAGAGAAACAAGGCGUCGAAAGUAGCCCAGAAUUUCCCGAUUACGGAUACAGGUCCCCACUUACCUUAUCGACAGGCAUGGACACGCUACAGCCAGUACAAGUUGAAUCACAAAUUAAUUUAAUCAGCAACCGACCCCCGACAACUCAAGAGACUCUAGCUCCUAUAGAGUGCCAACUCCGUGACCGCAGAUGCGAAACUGGCCUGGGUAACGACUGUCGUCCUCGUGGUAUCCGAACCACAUCUGAAGAGACUCAUAUCCAUGCUGAAGAGACUUCGUGCGAGGAAGCCGCAAGGAUCAUUGCAGGUCUUCGUGGUCGCAACAACCCUGACGAUGUAUGGAAUGAACUAGGUUGUGGUACAAGCCAAAGCUGCAGGGUUAAGAAUCUCGCGGUUUUCGAGUUGAUGGAUAGGGAACAGCCCAUACCUUGGGCAUGA